GCGCGGGAAAGUUUACGAAUUUCACGACGCUCUGUAUUUUCUAUUUUUGUAUCAGUGCGUCUCAAGUCCCAAAAAUAGACGUUCAAGUUUUGAACAUAGUGUAAUGUUCAUUCUCUCGGCUUUUGAACGUGAUUUUUAGUUGUGAGUUUGUCAGGACACAUAUUACGAAUCUAUAUUAUGGCAGAUCAAGUGCAAACCCAAUGCCCGGAGUCUGGAGAAGCUGGAGGAGGAGAGGCAGUCCCAGCGCCACAGCCACAGGCUGUUGAACAAAAUAAACCUGCUGUCGAGACGAACGCUCAGCCAGAUAGUAAACAUGAAGAAGUAAAAGUACAACAGGAAGUAGCGAACACCAAGCCUGUCGAACCAACCGUUGAAACAACUGUAGUCAAAGAAGUUUCCAAUAAUGCUAAAGAAAAUCUCGACUGGCAGCAUAGAGAACAGGAACUCCUAAAAAAGAUUGAAGAAUUGGAAAAGAUUAAGAGUGAGAGGACCGAAGAUGGAGUAAAAUUAGAACUGAAGGUUCGUGAAGAAGAGAUCGAUCUUCUAAAAGCAAGAGUCCGGAAUUUGGAGACUGAACUGCAGGCGGCUCUGUCGAAACCCAGCGGCAAGAAUCACGAGAUGAUUGAAAACAUCAAACAGCAACAUGAAGAGUUGCUCAACAAGGCUCGAGGCAUGAUCUUCGACAAAACAAAGAUGGUUAAGAAUCAGGAACUGCAGAUUGAGGCCCUAACAACACAAGUACAGUCUCUGAAGGACAUCAACGUGAUUACUAAGGAUUUGUUGGAAAUCAGAAACUCUGAAGUGAAAGCUAUGGAGGACCGUCUUCAAGCGAUGGAAGCGAGGUUUAAGGCCGAAAAGGACAGAUACGGGCUGGUGUUACAGCGAGCACAGACCAGCACCACUCUCAAUGACGACUUGAAGAAGGAGUACGAAACCCAACUCGCCAUUUUCAAGGAACUUAGAGAGAAAUACGAACAGAGGGUGCAAGCGCUGGUAGCCGAGAAUGCCAGGUUGAAGGAGGUUGCUGCCUUGAAAGCCGGUACAUCUGGCUAGGCUUUAUUUUAUUUUGAGAAUUAUUUCUAAAAUGUAAAGACUGUUUCGAUUAGCAACACGUUGGUUUAUGUUUCUUUAGAAUUGCAUUUUUGUAAUUGUAUAACGACUUUUGAAAUAAUGAGAUUCUGUUUUCAAAAUUUACCAUUUUU